UUGAGGACCAGUCUAAGGACUCAACAGGCUCUACAGUCUUCCUUUUUUUUUUCCUAAGGGAUAUACAAGUUGUUUGUGCCUAUAGAAAUGAUGUCCUAACCACCCAAUCCUAACAAGGUUGAGGUCUCUGCAAAAAAGGAGUACAUCUGCUGAAAACACUUGGACGCUAAUCUGUAUAGGCUUUGCAACAAUCAUGGGAGGAAAAAAUCAAGCCCAGCGAACAAAGGGUAAUGUGAAGCCAUCAAGUAGUGGGCGAAGUGCAGAACUAUUGGGAGGUGUCACUGGUUUCAUUGGGUUUGGUGCUGUAUCCGAUGGAGGAUCUGGGACAACGGGAGAAGAAUUGGAAGCCUCUGCCCCUUCAGAAUUUCGACUUCUAUCACGGAAACUUUGCAAGAGGGAUGCUAUUACAAAGUUGAAGGCCUUGCAAGAACUAGGCAAGUUAGUUGAGGAGAAGGAUGAAGAAGAAGUUGAGAUCUCUUUUCCAUUGUGGCCACGCCAUUAUGCUCGUUUGGCUCUUGAUUAUGAGAAGAAAGUAAGGGAAGCCGUCCAGAAUUGCCAUCUAACUUUUGUGAAGAGACUUGGCAAAAAGAUUGCUCCUCACUUGAAGUCUCUCAUGCCACCCUGGAUCAUCAGUAUUGGUGACACUCAUCCACCUGCUGCCUCUAUCGCUUCACUUGCCUUUCAAACAGCUUUUCCACCUGGAAAGCAGUCAGAAGCUCUUGUAUUCAUGAGAAAGGAGUUAUUUGGAACAUUUGCUGAUGUGCUUUUUGCACAGACACCUGAUACCCUGUCUGAGCCAAAUACAUCACCAGAUGAGAUGCAGAGUAAAUAUGACCAAGUAGUGACAGCUACCCUGCGUGCUGUCCAUUUUGUUCUUGUCAACACAAAGCAAGAAGAUGGUGCCAAGCUUUGUGAGCAAUAUCAAGUCUUGCUUCGAGAUCCCAAGUUCUUCAAGUAUGCCAAAUCAAAAAACACACAGAUGAGUGCCUUUUGGAUGCACAUUGUGGGUGGGCUGUGCUCAAGUCAGCCUAGCUUGAUGCAUGAAUAUGAAGCUCAACUUUGCCCAGCUGUAGUGAAUGCAUUAGACUCAGAUGAUGCUCUUCUCAGCCCAGCUGCAUGGGAAGCUCUUCUACAUUUGAGCCGAUCUCUUCAUGACUUUUGGAAGUAUGUGAAUGUGAACAAGGCAGUUGUGCCCAGGCUUCUGGCACUGGUCUGCCGAGGUGGGAAGGGAAAUGCAGCUGUCAUUUAUCCUGCCAUUCUGCCUUUGCUUGGCAGUUUAGAGCAACAUGGUGUGAAGGAUCCCAAGGCUUUCUAUGGCAGAUUACUUGAUGCUCUCAAACAGGGCUUCGACCAGCAAUGCGUGAAGUUCAGUCAAGCUGAAACACGUGCUGUUGUCACAUGUUUCUUUGAGGUGUUUACCUUCAUCCUCAAGACCUAUGGACAGGACACUGAACUUUGUUCAUCUCUCCUUUGUAGUCAUGUGAUCCCUUGGAUCAAUGAAUGCUUGACAGAGUCAUCUCGGUCAUUUCUCCUCCCACAUUCCUGCCGCCCCUUAUACCAACUUCUCCAAAUGUGGUCCCAGGCUCAACAUGAGACUUAUCAGAAGAUGUUCUGGAGGGAACUGGAACCCUCAUUGAAGCAGGUCCUGAACCUGGGUAUACCAACCCAAGUAAGGCUGCUAGCAGAUCUCCUCAGUGGGGUCUCCCAACCAAAAACUACAUUUGUUGUGACUUUGGGUGCUUCAGCAAGGAAACGUGGUGUCAAGUUCUGUGAUCAGACUCAGGAUUCUGGCAAUACUGAGGACCUCCAAGUCUUGCCAAAGCUUGAAGACCCUCACAUGGAGGCAUUGAUGUUGCGUCUGCUGGAAUUGGCCUACAUUAGUGCCUCAGCUGAUGACAAGUCCUUAUCAUCCUCCUCAUCCCUCAGCUUCCUCCUUUCUGUGUAUCCCUCUGUGGCAUCAUUUGUGACAUUUGGCUCCCUCUAUCCUUCAAGAAAUUUGGUCCAAACUAUCCUCCCUCUCAUUUCUGAAGACAAGACUUGUAUUUCUAUCACCAGUCUCCUGCAAUUUCUAGAAUCAGUCCUCAAGCAUAUUCAGGAAGCUGAAGAAAGGAACCAGGUUUUCAGCAUUCUUGCCAUGGAGAGCCCAGCAUGGCUGCUGGCAUCUGUGAUCCAGGAACAGGCCAAGUUCAUUACAAGAUUGCCUCACCUGUCACAAUGGCUUCGAUGUGAUGCCCUUGGACAGCGGGUCCUUCACUUGGGGCAGGACCUGUUUGACACUCACCUUGCUGACAACAAGCAACCUCCUGAUGACAAAUGGAAGGUCAUUCUCUCUGCUCUGGUCACAAACACUCAUGGAGAUACAUUGCUGCCACUGGAGACAGUUAAGAAACUUCUGGGUAUCUUCCAAGCCUGCUUGGAGCAACUGGUCUCUACCAGCCCACUGGGUCAAACCGGAUCAGCUCUGGAAUUGAUCUGUGAUCUUGCAGAGUGCCUAUUUCACAUCACAGCCUGCUGGAGCUUCCCUGCAAUGGAAAACCUCCUGCUGAACCUCUUCACCAUUUCUACAUCAACAGAUCUGGUCAAGUUGGAAUCUGCAUGGCUGAAUGGCAUGAAGAAACUUGUUGCUGUUCGUGGAGGACUCCUAAAUGAAGGUGGAUUCAUCUGUCAGAGCAUGGAUCUCAUCAAAGCCAAAUGCCACAACCCAACCACAAGUUUGGCCAUGAUGGAUAAAUUGACCAGUCUGGCUGAGAAGAUGCUCUUUGCCAUAGCAGAGAGUCUGCCCCAAGUGGAUGUGGAUGAUACACAGCUGGCAGAUGACACAAGCAAUGUUGUACAUCUACUCGUUGAACGUUUGCUUUCAGGGAUUCCUUCUCUGGUGAUCAGUCCUGACUUUUUCAUCUCUGUGCUGCUUCAAGGCAUAAUCUUGCCUUCAUCAUCUGCUUUCAUGGGAAAGGGUCAUUACCCAUCAUAUAUCAAGCCCAAUGCCUCCUAUUUUAUGGCCAAGAUUCUCAAAAGUCUCUUUGCACCAAAGGAAGAUUUUGGAAAGGCAUUGAUGGAGCUCAACCAGCUUCAAGAAAAGGAAAAACUCCUGGUUCAUCUGUUGGAUAGUCUUAUGUAUCUGCAGGCACUCCUGCAACUUCAUUUAAACAAAAAUGAGAAUGAGACAGUGAAACACCUGAGUGUGAUGAGGCAUGUGAUUGGUAACUGCCUUGAGAAUUUCCCCCUCUUUCCAUCAACUCAAGAUCUUAUUCAAAGGGCCCUGAACAAUGGUCCUUUGGAAGUGUUGUCCUUUCACUAUGCCUGUUCCUUGAGAGGAGAAACAAUAGACCUCCCUCUUGAACUCUCAAAUCUGGAGCAGACCUCAACCAUUAACCUUCUUCAGUACUGUGCCUUGUCAGAGCCAGUUUCCCGGGUGAUCCUCCUGACCACACACCUGCAAAUGCAGUGCACUGAUGGCUCCAGUAAUCUUCAUCAGGCAGCACUGGCACUUCGAGCAUUGAGCACCAUAAUUGAGAAGGGCUGCUGCAGUGAGGAUCUGAGAGACUCUGGGGUCAUCCUGGAAGUCCUUGGGGUCCUCAGUCUCUGGAGGGAGAAUAAGGAUCCUCACUUCCUCUUUGACAGGUUACAUGCUUCCUAUCCUUAAUACAGGGCAUACCUAAAGUGAUACUUUAUAUACCAUUUUCUCUUAUGAGGCCAACUCUCAAACUUUGGGGCCAUCAUCCAUAUGUGCUGAAGGA